GAACCUUUAGGAAAAUGUUAUUGUUCAAUCCAAUUACUCUUAAAAACACCGUUUGCUAGAACGUAAACAACAUGUUUGCUAAAAGGUGUGUAAAAAGCCUGUAUUUUGUCCAAUUUUUGAUUAAUUUUGUUGACUAUACUUUGUGACUCUUUUUUGUCAAUAUGGUUUGCGUAACUGUUUGUUUACAAUUUCCUAUAAAUACAUUGUCGAACACUAAAACACAUGACAACGAUCUGAUCUGCUAGAGAAUAAACAGCAACUCUAAGAAGCUCUUUUAAGGAUGACUCUUUUUACAAAGGUGAUUUUGCUGGUUUUUAUGGAAUUAAUUACAACACAAGGACCACGCUCCGGAUUAAUUAGGAACAAUAUAGAAGAUACUGAAACCAGCAAAAAACACUUCAACCAUUGCAUUAAUUGUAUUGGUGAUAAACCAUUGCUUCUAAUAAAUACUCAACUCAAAGAAUACCACAAUUCAAGCUGCAACAUUUUUCAAAGUAACUUGAGUGAAUGGUGUAUACAAAGAUUAAAAGUCAUAAUAAACAAGAAAGUUUCUGUUUGUAAGAUUUAUCCAAUUCAAUGUGAGUGCUUGAAAUCGUGUUAUCAAUUUAAAUGAAAGGAUGGCGCGUGGUUUAAAGAAAAUAAAUUGUGAACCUUUACCAACAGAUUUUGUACUAGACUUUUUUUAUGUACAAGAAUCUCGAAAACUGGCAAUGUUAAUUAUAGCUAUGAUUAUUAUUUGAUUCAAAUGUUUUAAAUAUAAUUUUUUGUAAUAAACAAUAUUGUUAUAAAGUAGUUUACUUUUGAUAUAAUUUUAAUAUAAUACCUUUUUUAUAUCUAAAA